AUGGCCGGCCCCGUGAGCCCCAACCCCGAGACUGGGUCCCCCGCACCCCCCGAGCUGUCCCAGCGCCUCCACAAUGCGGCUGACAUCUCUGUCAUCCUCAUCUACUUCAUCGUGGUGGCAGCUGUGGGGCUGUGGGCCAUGCUGAAGACGAACCGUGGCACAGUGGGCGGCUUCUUCCUGGCGGGCAAAGACAUGAGCUGGUGGCCGAUGGGAGCCUCCCUCUUUGCCAGCAACAUCAGCAGUGGGCACUUCGUGGGGCUGGCGGGCACCGGCGCGGCCACGGGCAUCAGCGUCGUGACCUUUGAGUGGAACUCUGUGUUCCUGGUGCUGAUUCUAGGCUGGAUCUUUGUGCCCAUAUACAUCAAGUCAGGGGUGCUGACCAUGCCUCAGUACCUGAAGAAGCGUUUUGGAGGGCAACGCCUGCAGGUCUACCUGUCCGUCCUCACCAUCUUCAUCUGUGUGGCUCUGAGGAUCUCUUCCGACCUCUUCUCGGGAGCCAUCUUCAUCAAGCUGGCGCUGGGGCUGGACCUGUACUUGGCCAUCUUCCUCCUGCUGGCCAUCACGGCCCUCUACACCAUCUCAGGGGGCCUGGCUGCGGUCAUCUACACAGACACGCUGCAGACGGCCAUCAUGCUCGUGGGCUCCUUCAUCCUCACGGGCUUUGCCUUCGCCGAGGUUGGUGACUACGAGAGCUUCACAGAGAAGUACAUGCAGGCCGUCCCCUCCGUGGUCCAUGGUGACAACCUGACCAUCAGCCCUGCCUGCUACACGCCCCUGCCAGACUCCUUCCACAUCUUCCGUGACCCCAUCACCGGGGACAUCCCCUGGCCAGGCAUCGUGUUCGGCAACGCCUUUGUGGGGCUGUGGUACUGGUGCACCGACCAGGUCAUCGUGCAGCGCUGCCUGUCAGGCAAGAACAUGUCCCAUGUGAAGGCAGCCUCUGUUCUGUGUGGUUACCUCAAGCUGCUGCCGCUCUUCUUCAUGGUGAUGCCGGGGAUGAUCAGCCGCAUCCUCUACACCGACAGGGUGGCCUGCGUGGUGCCUUCAGAGUGCUUGAAGCACUGUGGAUCCGAGGUGGGCUGCACCAACUAUGCCUACCCCAUCCUGGUCAUGGAGCUCAUGCCCAAUGGGCUGCGCGGCCUGAUGAUAUCGGUCAUGCUGGCCUCGCUCAUGAGCUCCCUGACGUCCAUCUUCAACAGCGCCAGCACGCUGUUCACCGUGGACAUCUACACCAAGGUGCGCAAGGGCGCCUCGGAGAAGGAGCUGCUGGUGGCUGCUCGGGUGUUUAUCGUGGUCCUCAUCGUGAUCAGCAUCCUGUGGGUGCCGCUGAUCGAGGCCUCCAAUAGCGGACAGCUGAUCCACUACAUUGAGUCCAUCUCCAGCUACCUGGGGCCACCCGUCGCCACGGUCUUCCUGCUGGCCAUCUUCUGCAAGAGGGUCAACGAGCAGGGGGCGUUCUGGGCCCUCAUCACUGGGCUGGCAGUGGGCCUGGUGCGCAUGGUGGCGGAGUUCGCCUACGGCACGGGCACCUGCCUGGAGCCCAGCGCCUGCCCCACCGUCAUCUGCGGCGUGCACUACCUCUACUUCGCCCUCAUCCUCGUGGCCAUCACCGCCGCGGUGGGCCUGGGCGUGUCCCUGCUCACCAGGCCCAUCCCCGACGUGCACCUGUACCGCCUGUGCUGGGCUCUGAGGAAUAGCACAGAGGAGAGAGUGGACAUUGACGCUGAGAACAACGGCUGGAACGCCCAGGAGGACGCCCAGGAAGGUAGCGAGGAGCACGAGCCGGAGGACGCUCGCAGCUGCCUGCGGAAAGGCUGCGACCUCUUCUGCGGGCUCACCCAGAAGGCGCCCCGGCUGAGCCCCGAGGAGAGGGAGGUGCUACAGAGGAAGCUGACGGACACCUCGGAGGAGCCUCUGUGGCGGAGUGUGGUCAACGCCAACGCCAUCGUGCUGCUGGCCGUGGCCGUCUUCGUCCACGGCUUCUACGCCUGA